AUGGCUAGGCUAAGGUCAGUGUUGGUGCUUGUUUUCAUUGCCUCGGUACAUGCUUGGAGGUGGGACAGCCGGAAGGGACUUGGGGCUACAUCGCCAUCUCCAAAAGCCGUAGACAGGCCCGAAUCGCCUUGGUAUCCAGACUUGCCGCCCUACCACUCGGAAGACUCCUUAAAGCUCGCCGACAGCACCUCGGGCAUGCCUAACAUCUACACUGUUGCGGCCAAGGAGCUUGAGGCGCUUCAAUCCGAACCUCUUUGCCAUCGAAUCGCUGCAAGACUGUUGAUCAGUGAUUGUCAAAUGCUCGACGGAAAAGACGAGGCCACAAUCUUGACUGAGAGUGGAAGAAGAAUCCGGGACUUCGUUGACUUCUACGCCGCCAGUCUUGCCAUCUGCGACCUCCGACCAGCGCAAAGCAUCCACCUUUACCAGCGGAUCACCAAGAUUUUAGAAAAACUUACUAACGAAGUAGAUGAGGAGAUGAGGGAAAAGAUGCACUUAUUCGGCGAUGGACUUCGGGAAGCUAGCAAAGAGGUUGAAGAGUUAUCGCCCAUUGUCCACGGUUUGAAAGAUAGACUUGGCGGUCUGAAAGCACUAAUAUUUGAAGAUCUCGGGCCUCAAGUUGAAGCCAUGGAUAUAAAUCUACAGAAAGCCGCCGACAUUAAGCAUGUACUAUCAAUCCUACUUGCGACUAUACUCGAGGCGCACGCCGAAAUAUCUGCCGUGCACAAUAUGGCCAUGAACGAUCUAUCUGAAAGGGUGGACCACGCAAACGAAGGCAUCUUAGCUUCAUUUUCAACGACUACGAAAUUUAUGGACCUGUUCAAUGGUCGGCUGCUCAUCCAUGAUGCCCAACUGGUUGCUGCAAGCAUGCAGGUACACGCAUUGACGGAUGAGCUCGGAAACGCUAUCUCGAUGACAAAGAAGAUGCAGGAAAUGGUAGUAGGUUCGGCGUCAGUGACCGGAUGGAACCUGGGACUUAUCAUUGCUGGCGAGGGCAUCGCAAUCAUCAUCACCAUGACUAACGAGCUCGUAAAGAGUCUUGCCGUUCUAGGCGCGGAAGAUCUUCACUCAGGUGUAAACAUUACGAGUGACUUUCAUCUAGCCAUGCCGGCCGAGGCGUAG